GGCGAACGAGAGUGACGAGAAACCGCUUUGCUUUGGCGGCUCCCUCUCUGUCGUCAUUUGGAUUCCUCCACGCUUAUAUAUAAAGAACAAGACCAUCACAGCUACCACAACGCAAAGAGGCAGUAGCAAAUUAAGAAGGGGAGAUAGAGAGCUAGAGAUGGGAGGCAAUGGAGGUGUUGGACUUGUCGUAAUGGCUUUGUUAGUGGUGUUUCUCAUGACUGCAUCAGUGGAGUCCAAGUGUGUGAGUAAUCCGGUGCUGUUCAACUUCGGCGACUCCAACUCCGACACCGGAGGCUCGGCGGCCGGGCUUGGAAAUGUAUUCCCGUUGCCUGACGGUCGUGUUUUCUUCCACCGCUCCACCGGACGGCUCUGCGACGGCCGGCUUAUCAUCGACUUCCUCUGUGAAAGCCUAAACACAAGUUAUUUGAGCCCAUAUUUGGAGUCGUUGGGAUCAAAUUUUAGUAACGGAGCAGACUUUGCCAUUGCUGGUGCAGCGACGCAACCAUAUUCGACUAAUCCCUUCUCUUUAAACACUCAAGUGCGUCAAUUUCUUCACUUCAAAUCACGUUCUUUAGAACUCAUCUCUCAAGGUUUUGAAGGUUUGAUAAAUGAGAAAGGGUUCCAGAAGGCACUCUAUGCCAUUGAUAUUGGGCAGAAUGAUCUAACCGGCGCUUUUGGUGGAAACUCAACCUAUGAUCAAGUGAUUGCCAAAAUACCAAUCUUUAUUUCUCAAAUAAAAAAUGUUGUCAAGACGUUAUAUGCUAAUGGUGCCAAAAACUUUUGGAUACACAACACUGGACCCUUGGGAUGCCUGCCUGAAAAGCUCUCUCUCCCACGGAAGGAUAAUAGCAGUCUCGAUCCAUAUGGAUGUCUUGUGCCCUUCAACAAUGCUUCCAAGGAAUUCAAUGCCCAACUGAGCUCCGUCUGCGAUGAAUUGACUUCAGAGUUGAAAGAUGCCACCAUCAUUUACAUUGAUAUCUUUGCUAUUAAGUAUGACAUCGUUGCUAAUUAUACCAAAUACGGUUUCGAGAGCCCGGAAAUUGUAUGUUGUGGCUAUGGUGGACCUCCAUACAACUUCGAUCCAAACAUCAGGUGUGGUAAUCCGAGUUCUAAUGUUUGUGCCGAUGGCUCCAAGUACAUAAGCUGGGAUGGAGUUCACUACACGGAGGCUGCCAAUGCCAUAGUGGCUUCCAAAAUACUUACCACUGAGUACUCAAAGCCCAGUGUCGAAUUUGACAACUUCUGCACCUCCUGAUCAUCAUCAACCCACACUGUAUUAGGUUUUCUUUAUGAAUUGCUUUUGAGCUAAAGAUAUUUGUUACUCUGCUAGAGAUUCAGUGGCCUAGUUGUGUGAAAUUGCUAAAACAAAUCUACACUGAGGGAUCAUAACAUCAUCUGACAGACAUGAAGAAGUUGUUUGAAUGGGAAGAGAAACAUUAAUUUAUGUCAUCGGAUUUCUUAAGAGUGUUAUACUUUGAAUU